AUGGAUUUCGAUGAGCUGGAUCAGCUGGACCCUGUGGAGCUUCCAGAUGACAGAGAGUUCUCCAUCUUGAUCUGGGGCGCAACAGGCUUUACCGGAAGCCUCAUGGUGGAGCAUCUGGACUCCAUGGCAAAGGAACGCGGACUGACAUGGGCCGUCGCGGGGCGCAACCUGGGCAAACUCCGGAACCUGGUGGCGCAUUGCAGAAGCAAACCGGGGCUUGUUCAUGUAACAGGAGCAACUACAUUCUCCGACGUGGUUGCGAGAUCCCAUGUUGUUAUCUCAGCCGUUGGGCCCUAUUGCCUACUCGGCGAGGCCGUCAUCGAGGCGUGCGUGAAGGCCUCCACACAUUACAUCGAUGUAUGCGGUGAAUUGCCAUGGAUGUACGAUGUCGUGCAGAAGUAUCAUAGAGAAGCGCAAGAGACUGGCGUUUCAAUUGUCAUAUCUGCUGGCAAUGUGAGCGUGCCAGAGGAAGUGCUGUGCUACAGCUUGGUGCGAGAACUUGGCCCAUUGCAAUCUUUCCGCGAGUACUUCAGUCAAUACGGCGGAGUCAGCGGGGGCACUCUUCAGUCACAGGCGCCUCCAAGAGAUGGACGCCACGAAGAUGAAGAUCCGUUUUGCCUGGGCGGUAGCCGGACCUGCGGCACCAGGCCAGAAGAUCUGGACUGCACCACAGUGGAGGUGGAUCCGUGGUUUCCCCACCUGUUCCUUGCACCAGCCUACAACAGCCUCGUUGCCUCCAGAGUGGUGCGGCGAAGCUGCCAGCUAUUCGAGCAGAGUGGCGAAUUGAUCUACGGAGAACGGCUGAGUGUGGUGGUCCGUGAAGCGCAAUUGCAGAAGUCUGUCGCAGAAGGGCUGCUGCAACAACUGCAGCCCUCAGGAGAUGCUGUGGAAAGAAUCCGCGUGGCACGCGAAAGAGGGGAGGCACCGUGGCCAGGUCAGGGACCGCCAGCACGCACUCGUGAGAUGUACGGAAGCGAGAUCAUUGGUGUCGCACAGGGAGAAUCUGGAGACUGGGCUUAUGCGCGUUGGACAUCAGGUUGCGCCUACGAAGUUUCAAGCAUGGCUGCUGUGUCUGGAGCUUUGAUACUCGCAGAGAGGAGAGGACGUGAACGAGCGAGAUCUGGAGUGGUGACUCCCGCAUAUGCUUUCCAUAGCAGCCGCUGGAUUGAUGUGAUGCUCAGUGUUCCCUUUGCCAAUGGCAGUGGUAGGAGGAUUUCCCUCAAAGUCGUUCCGGGCAAGCCAACCGAUGAGGAGUUCAAGAUGCAGAUCACCGAGAAGAAUCGGAGGAUGAUGCAAGGUCAGCAGCGGCUUCUAGCCGGCGAGCUGAAAGCAUGGGCAGCACCCUCCUUGCCUGCUCGAAACUGCGCGCAGCCGAGCCAGGCGCCCAUGCAGAUUGGUGAUGUGCACGCAGCGCAGGCUGCCAGGCCCGGCCUUGGCAGAGAGGAUCCAACUCCACCCUGCAGGAUUGCAGACUCCCAUGGUUCGUCU